AUGGUUGAAGCAAUUCUGUGUUAUUUAGUCUGGGAAAUCAUGACCAAUGGUGCUACUCCCUAUGAGGGACUUCCAAAUGCUAAGGUGAAGGAGAUGAUGCUUCAAGGCCAGCACAACAAAUUUCCGGAGGACACGGAUCCGCAGGUGGUUGGACUAGUGCACAGCUGUUGGUUAAAAGAUCCAGCAUUCAGAUGUACGAUGGGGGAGGUAGCAAAAUACAUGGCAAAUUUGACAGGCAUUCCUCAACCACCGAUGAGCACCUAUGCAUCGAAGGAGUUGACGCCAAAGUCGCCUGCAAGGUCUAGGUCUUCAUCUCGGUCCAGACUAAUCAGUAAACGUACCAUACAGAGCCGCACUUGUAUUCAAAGUCGUAGAUCGAAAUAAAU